AUGCCGUCACCCCACGCCGUCACCCCAGCCAUCACCCCCACGCCAUCACCCCACGCCGUCACCCCACGCCAUCACCCCACGCCAUCACCCCACGCCCUCACGCCGUCACCCCACGCCAUCACCCCACGCCGUCACCCCACGCCGUCACCCCACGCCGACGCCAUACCCCAACGCCACACCCCCGCCCUCACCCCACGCCGUCACCCGCACGCCCCUCGCCGCCACCGCACCAAUUCAAGGAAACGAAUCCGGGCACUCAAAAAAGCCCCGGCACUCCAAAUUGGCACUCCGCACUCCAAAGGGAAGCCGAAAGAGCCAUCAAGACGAGGCCGAACGAUAAGCGCUACGAAACCAGUUAUCUUUUCCCCCGAUCAAAUAAUGGCUCAGAGAGGAUUGGCGAUACGAGGUUGUAAUCGAUGGAUUUCAUUACGCGAUAGCAACGAGGGCCAGGAGCCAGACCCACGGCAGAGAGACGCCUGGGACAAAGGGCGCGGCCGCGAAGCCUUUUUCCGCGCCCGUGCGCCAUCUGGCCCGCCGUCGAGCGACGUUCACGCCACACUUCGCGAGGACACCGACUUGUCGGGCGGGUCGGCGGCUGUCAGAUAG